GGGAGAGAAGGGGAGGGAGGGAUGAAGAGGAAGGAAGGACGGUAGGAAGGAAGGAAGGGGGGGAGGAAGGGUGGAAAGAAGAAAGUUGCAUACCGGGAGAAUAUAUUCGUAGCUGAUAUAACUGCCAAAGAAGUGGUCUCUAAUAUAUAAAAGACUCCUAAAAAUUAGUAAGAAAAAGACACCUCAAGAGAAAAAUGGGCAAAAGUCAUGAGCAGGCAUUUUUUUGUUUGUUUCAGAAAAAAACCACCAUGGGAAAUAAACACAUGAAGGAUGUUCAACCUUCUCAGCUCUUAGGUAAUGAUAUUAGGUUCACAAGUCAUCAUUUUACAGUUAUGAGAUUGUCAAUAAUUAAGAUUCUUACAAUAAUACCCUGGUACCAGCAAGUAUUAUGGGAGGUGUCCACUUAGUACAUGCCUGUGCUGGUGUGUAUUUGGGGCUGGGGAUGGGGAGGGAAUCUAUUUCUUGGCUUCUCUGCCUCCCUCAGGCCCAGGAGGCGGAGACUUACCUUUGCCACUGGCAAGGGGAGAACUGAUGGGGGCGGGGGGUUAUCCAGGUUCUGAAAUGUGCUGCGAAUGACCCCCACAACCGUCUGUGCCUGCCAUUCUGCCUCCUAUUGGUCUAGUGUUGGAUACCAGUCGUAUCUCUCUCCCAAAAGAGAAUGAAUGAAUGAGCUCUUUGAACGAAUGUCUUGACUCCAUUACACCCCCAUCCGGGCAAACACCCAGCGCUAGACCAGGCCCACAGCAGGAGCUCGUUAUGCGCGUCGAAUGAAUAUAUUCAUGCGCUCUCUGAAUUGGCCUGAAUUCCCAUUUCGUUUACCAGUAACCCUCCUCGCACGCAGACGCGCCGCCGGUUCUCCCACCUUGGCAGUCUGGACCAGGACCCAUCCCUGCUCCUUGCAAUCACCAUCGUUGGAGUCACCGUGGUCCUGUUGGCCCUGAGGAAUAUGAACUCAAGGAGAAGACAUACCACCUUACAGGACUCUGAAACCAAGUACCCGCUGCCCCUGAUUGAGAAAGAGGAAAUCAACCACAACACCCGGAGGUUCCGCUUUGGACUGCCCUCACCAGACCAUGUCUUGGGGCUUCCUGUAGGUAACUAUGUCCAUCUCUUGGCCAAAAUCGAUGGUGUUCUGGUGGUCAGGGCUUACACGCCGGUGUCCAGCGAUGAUGACCGAGGCUUUGUGGACUUGAUUAUAAAGAUCUACUUCAAAGACGUGCACCCCAAUUAUCCAGAAGGGGGGAGGAUGACUCAGCACUUGGAGAACAUGAACAUUGGGGACACCAUCCUUUUUCGAGGGCCAAGCGGUCGCCUGUUCUAUCAUGAGCCAGGGAACUUUUCAAUCAAGGCAUACAAAACGAGUGAGCCUGAAAAGAAGCUGGUCAGUCACCUGGGAAUGAUCGCUGGGGGCACAGGGAUCACACCCAUGCUGCAGCUCAUUCGCCACAUCACCAAGGACCCCGGCGACAGGACCAGGAUGUCCCUCAUCUUUGCCAACCAGACAGAGGAGGAUAUCUUGGUGAGAAAGGAGCUUGAAGAAGUUGCCAGAACUCACCCGGAGCAGUUUGACCUAUGGUACACCCUGGACAGGCCUCCCGUUGGCUGGAAGUACAGCUCAGGCUACAUCACCGCCAACAUGAUCAAGGAGCACCUCCCUCCUCCCGGGCCGUCCACGCUCAUCCUGGUGUGUGGCCCACUGCCCCUGAUCCAGACGGCUGCUCGCCCUAACCUGGAGAAACUGGGCUACACCACGGAUAUGAUUUUCACUUACUGA